CUUGCUAUUUUUUUAUAUAUAAAAGGGAGUCUCUGCAUUUUCACUGGAGAGUCUUAACGCAAGUCAGUGAAUUCGCCGAUAACUUUGCUUCCUCUCUCUGACUUUAAUUUCUAUGAUGUCGGGGAAUGCUUUAAGAGAUCUCAAUACUUUACCUACGUCUGAGUGGAAGAAUGACAGCUCUAGUAAAGGGAAUUUUAUGAAGCCUUGCAAUGGGAACACAAUUGAAAAUGUUGAAGAGCAGCAAAAGAAAAGCCCUGCCUCCGUUCAUAUAAAUGGAGGUGAAACUGUAAAUGCUGGGGCAGAGGUAGCUAAUUCUGAAGUAGAAUACAUUGAAUCUGAGAACUUGAGUGAUCUAGAAGAUGUUGAUACAUGUCUUGAGAAGCUCUUAUCUGGACUCAACUCUAAAGAUUGGGUUCUGGUUGUUGAAGCACUCAAUAAUGUUCGCCGAUUAUCAAUAUUUCAUAAGGAAGUAAUGCAUAUGAUGCUGGGUGAUGUGAUCCCUCUUGUUGUUAAGUCCUUGAAGAAUCCAAGAAGUGCUGUUUGUAAAACUGCAAUUAUGACAUCUGCAGACAUUUUCAGUGCAUAUAAUGAUGAUUUGAUUGAUUCUUUGGAUCCCCUGCUUGUACAGCUUCUUCUUAAGUCUUCUCAAGAUAAAAGAUUUGUAUGUGAGGCAGCUGAGAGAGCUUUGGAGGCAAUGACUACUUCGGUUUCCCCUAUGUCAUUGUUGCCCAAGUUGCAACCCUAUCUUAAGAACAGAAAUCCACGAAUUCGAGCUAAGGCAUCAAUGUGCUUUUGUCGUAGUGUUCCACGACUGGGUGUUGAAGGAAUAAAAGAAUACGGAAUCGACAAAUUGAUCCAAGUAGCUGCAUCCCAGCUCAGUGACCAGCUCCCAGAGUCCCGGGAGGCUGCUCGAACGCUUCUUUUGGAGCUGCAAACUGUAUAUGUGAAAUCCCAUGACCUUACAACAACAGUAUCUGAGCAUCCAGAGAUGGGCUCUUGGGAGAAUUUUUGUCAGUCAAAACUGUCUCCUUUAAGUGCACAAGCAGUGCUUCGUGUCACAAACAUUGCUGGGGAAGGUCUCGUCAUUGGUUCCUGACAGUGAGUUUUAUAUAGACCAUAUAUGAGCUUGUAUUGUAGCAAGUAAUGUCAUUUUUAUUUUACCCACAUAUAUGAGCUUUAGUGAGCAGAGUCCACAGUCACCUUUCAUUGCUUUGGUUUUGGUUUAUUAUCUCUUUCCUUGUAAAUUCUCUUGAAUCAUUGAGAUGUCUGUGAUCUUGGUUAAGAAAUUAGUUCGAUUGAAAAUCGUACAAUGAUAUUCUUUGCAUAUGGUUCACCUCUCAGUCUUCCUCAUUUAUGGCAUGGGUUGCAAAAAUUGUAUAA